GCAGCCGCGCGGUGACGUCAUGGGAGGCGCCGGGCGUGGGCGAAGCCUCUUUUGAAUCUAGUUGGCGGGAGUCGCGGGCUGCGGGUGCGGCGGACUGGCCGGCUAUGGAGUCCACUUCGGGGAGUGAGGAGACUGAAGGAGGCGCGGCGACAGAGGAGUGCGUGAAUAGAAUCCCGGUGCCAAGACCACCCUCCAUUGAGGAGUUCACCAUAGUGAAGCCCAUUAGCCGCGGUGCAUUCGGGAAAGUGUACCUGGGACAGAAAGGCGGCAAGUUGUACGCAGUGAAGGUUGUCAAAAAAGCAGACAUGAUCAAUAAAAACAUGACUCAUCAGGUACAAGCUGAGAGAGAUGCACUGGCGCUGAGCAAAAGCCCUUUCGUUGUUCAUCUGUAUUACUCACUGCAGUCAGCAAGCAACGUCUACUUGGUAAUGGAAUAUCUUAUUGGUGGAGAUGUCAAGUCUCUCCUACAUAUAUAUGGUUAUUUUGAUGAAGAGAUGGCUAUAAAAUAUAUUUCUGAAGUAGCAUUGGCUUUAGACUACCUGCAUAGACAUGGAAUCAUCCAUAGGGAUUUGAAACCGGACAAUAUGCUUAUUUCCAAUGAGGGUCAUAUUAAGCUGACAGAUUUUGGCCUUUCCAAAGUUACUCUGAAUAGAGAUAUCAAUAUGAUGGAUAUUCUUACAACACCAUCAAUGGCUAAACCUAAGCAAGAUUAUUCACGAACCCCAGGACAAGUCUUAUCUCUCAUCAGUUCUUUGGGAUUUUUCACACCAGUUGGGGAAAAAGAUCAAGACUCUACAACCAUGUUUUCAGCCCCUAAGUCUGAGGCACAACUUUCUCAAGGAUUAAUUUGCCCUAUGUCCAUAGAUCAGAAGGAGCCUACUUCUCACUCUAGCGGACUACUAAAGUCACGCCUUGAAAGAGUUGCAUCCAAUCUAGAACUACCUGUGAAAUGCCUGACUUCUAACCUACUCCAGUGCAGGAAGAGGCUGGGCACAUCAAGUACUAGCACUCAGUCUCAUACCGUCGCAUCCAGUGUGGAAUCAGAAUGCCACAGCAGUCCCAAAUGGGAAAAAAACUGCCAGGAAAGUACCAAGUCAUCCGGCUGUACAAUGAUGAGCUGGAAUGCAGUUGAAAUGCUUUAUGCAAAAUCUACAGAUGCCACUGAGACAAAAACAGAUCUUGAAUUAGCGCUUUCUCCCAUUCAUGACAGUAGUGCCAUUCCUGCCACUGGAAGCCACCAUUUGAACCUCCCUAGAAAAUGCUUCUCUGAGGAAAUCUCUUGUGAAGCGAGAGAACUGGAUAUAAAUGAUGAGAACAUGAUCAUUGACAUGAGACAGUCUGGUUUCCCUCAGGCCAAUCAGUGGGCUAUAAAGUCUAGUGGCAUGUCUGAAGAACACCUUGGUAAAAGAAAUUUUAAAAGAAGUUUUCAAUUGGUUGACUCUAGUCCUUGUCAGGAAAUUAUACAAAGUAAAAAAAACUGUAUAGAGUGUAAGCAUAGUAAGGAAGUAAUAGGUUGCUAUGCAAAUCAAAAUACAGGCAUAACAGCUGAAGUCCAGAAUCUUAGGCUAUCAGCAUACAGAAGUCAGCAAAAUGACUCUGCUAAUAAGGAGAACAUUGUCCCCUAUUUUACUGAUAAACAAACCCCAGAAAAAUUACAUAUACCAAUGAUAGCAAAAAACCUUAUGUCUGAACUAGAUGAAGAUUGUGAAAUGACCAGUAAAAAGGACUGCCUAAGCAGUUCUAAUUUUGUAUGUUCCGAUGAGGAUAGAGCUCCUAAAACUGUCUGCGUGGAUUCAGAUUCAUCUUUUCCUGGAAUUUCUAUGAUGGAAAGUUCACUGGAAAUUCAGGCCUCAGAACCAGAUAAAAGAAACAAGGAAUGCUCUUUUGAAGAAUCAAAUAUUGAAGAUCUACUUGUAUUACCAAAGUGCCAAGAAAACUCCUUGCCAAAAGAUGAUUGUCAUACUUCUCUCCAAGAUAAUAGCCAAACGUUGGCUUCCUCUUCAAAAGCAUUGAAACCAUUAACCUGCAAAACAAAUGCCGUAGCUUUUCGAAGCUUUAACAGUCAUAUUAAUGCAUCCUAUAAUUCAGAACCGUCCAAGAUGAGCAUAACUUCUUUAGAUGCUAUGGACAUCUCCUGUGAUUACAGUGGCUCAUAUCCCAUGGCUGUGACCCCCACUCAGAAAGGAAGAUCCUGUAUGUCACAUCAGCAGACUCCAGGAAAUCAGGUCAAGUUGGGAACAUCAUACAGAACUCCAAAGAGUGUGAGAAGAGGGGCAGCCCCAGCAGAUGACGGACGAAUUCUAGGAACUCCAGAUUACCUGGCACCUGAGCUCUUACUGGGUACAGCCCACGGUCCUGCAGUAGAUUGGUGGGCACUUGGAGUCUGCUUGUUUGAAUUUCUAACUGGAAUUCCCCCUUUUAAUGAUGAAACUCCACAACAAGUAUUCCAGAAUAUUUUAAAAAGAGAUAUCCCUUGGCCAGAAGGUGAAGAAAAGUUAUCUGAUCAUGCUCAGAGUGCAAUGGAAAUUCUUUUAACCAUUGAUGAUACAAAGAGAGCUGGAAUGAAAGAACUGAAACAUCAUCCUCUCUUCAGUGAAGUGGACUGGGAAAAUCUGCAGCACCAACCAAUGCCUUUCGUACCCCAACCAGAUGAUGAAACAGAUACAUCCUAUUUUGAAGCCAGGAAUAAUGCUCAGCAUCUGACCAUAUCUGGGUUUAGUCUGUAGAACACACAUGUCAUUUUUACUUAACCUUGUGAUAUAGAAUUAGGUUUUGCAAUAACAUGUUCCUUCACACUGGAUUGAUCUAACAGGAUAGAAGUCAUUAUUAUACCUAGGCUAAUGAGCUUUUAAUUACUAAAUACAAUAGCUUUUACAGAGUUGAAAUACAAUAUGUAAUUUAUCUUUACCUUAAACUGCAUAUAAAUCAUCACAGCUUUUUUCAUCUUA